AUAUAUCGAUUUAUCUGUCAUUUAAAUCUAUGGAAAAGGAUCGAUAAACAGGGUGUUUGCAACGAAAAUCUUCGAUUCUUUUCCGUAGGUUUAAAUGGAAGAUCCAUCGAUGUAUCGUAAAGCUCGAGUUCGAGUUCACAUUAGACCCGAGUUUCCUUGAAGUUCGAAAUUUUGAGGUAGUGAUUGAGGUUUCGUCUUAAUAUUAAUUUAAAUAAAUAAAAAAAAAAAAAAAAAAAAAAAAAAAAAAAAAAAAAAAAAAAAUGAGGUUUCGUCAUGAGCUCCGAUAAGAUUAGGAACUUGGCGUUUAAGACGAACACAAUGAGAGCAACUUCGAGAGUGACAAAUGGAACAAUGGCGUGACGUCCUGUGCGAUAUAUCGAUCUAUCUGAUAUUUAAACCUACGGGGAAAGAUCGAUAGACAGGGUGCUCGCGGCGAACAUCGCAACAAUCGAUUCUUCACCAUGGCUUGAAAUGGGGAAAUAUCGAUAAUCGAGCAUUCGAUGGAAAGCGAGGAGGAAAACCAGCAAGUAGAAAAAUGCGGAUGAAACUGUCUCCCAUUUUAGCGUCCGUGUUCGACCAAGUCGCUAGGCCGCCAAGCAAAAAUGUAAACCGAGAUUGUGAAAAUAGUUUUAAUACGUUCAGAAGUAUUUUUUUCCAAUUUAAUGUGGCAUUUCUGCCCAUUUCGUAGAAUUCUGCCUCGAUCGUUAGUUCAAAACAGUGAUAACUGUUGAUACGCAUUGAAAUUUUUAUUUUUCGUUUGAAAGUGUUUUGUAUGAGUUACGUACGCACUGCCACCUGAUGAAACUAUGACACUAUUCCGACCAACGACUCUAGCAAUCGUCAUCAUCUCUGUGAUAUUAUCAACACAAAUCGGUGCCCAAGAAAAAAACGAAGCCGAACCAAAACCGAAGGAAGUACCAGUCCCAGUCCCAACGAAACAGAACAUAACCUACACCACAACACCGGACACGCUUAUGUCCUUCACCGUGACGCCUAAAAUUUGCUUGUCCUACACUGCAACACCCUCUUUGCCAUCGGUCACGAAAGGGGAUGUGUCUAUUAUUCCCUCUACUAAGACUACAGUUCCCGCGGUGGUGACAGCUGCGACUACAACGAUGUACGUGACGGCAAAUGCAACCGAAUCAUCUGAUAAUGCCACGAUGGAUGCCUUGUUAAAAUGUGAUGUGGACACGUUUGAUAGUGAGAGACAUUGUAACAGAUUUGACCACGCAGUGCGUGUUUUUGGAGUGUCUCAAAAAUGAAUACAAGCUACUGUCGCGAGAAAACAAUAUUAUUACAAGACUCGACACUAACAAUCUUAAUAAUGACACAGGAAGAUCUAGCAAUUUGGCAACACCGGAUUUCCUCCAUUCAAACCUAUGUUAAAUAAUCGAUUAUUGUCGGAGCACUUGGCACCAAAAAUCGAUACAUUUCUAUAGGUCUAAAUGGAGAAAAAUAAUGUUGCCAAUUUGCUAGAUCCGCCAAUGAGUAUAGUGAAUUCGGGUAUACGACAAAAUUUAAGUUCAAGAUCAACGCUUUUUUUGCCUAAUGAUGGUUGAACGGCAACUUGUUAAGCACAAAAUAAAAUAAAAUGUGUCUGAUUAUGACUGACGAAUAA